CGCACGAAACACAAGCCGAUUGACUAUGUGUCUGACUUUUUAAGUCCCCGCAAAUUGUCGUUUCGGAGUAAUAAAAUCAAAGUAAUAAAGUUUAAUCAAUUUUAACGAUAGAUAGAUACAUCAUGGAGUCCUGCGGAAUGAACGUCAUCAAAUACAUCCUUUUCAUCUUUAAUAUGAUUUUCGCGAUAUCUGGCAUAGGUAUUAUUGUGGCCGGCGCGUUGGUGUUGGCAGAUGUCGGCGAAUUUAAUCACUUCGUGGAAGGCAGGAUAAUGGCACCGCCUAUAGUGCUUAUAGUUGCAGGAUCUAUCGUUUUCAUCAUAGCUUUUCUAGGAUGUUACGGAGCAAUAAAGGAGCAUUACAACAUGUUGAUUGCGUUUGCGGCCGCAUUGUUAAUAAUCUUCGUGAUCGAGCUUGCGGUGGGCAUAGCGGCGGCAGUGUUUAAAAAUGAUUUUAGCAUGGCGAUGAAGAGUACCCUGAAGGAAUCGAUGAAGAACUAUACGAUGGAAGUCGACAAGCAAGCUUGGGAUAACGUGCAGAAAAAGCUACAAUGUUGCGGCGUGGACGGUCCCAGAGAUUGGAUUCAAACCCCCACUAUUGGACAAAUCCCGCCGUCCUGUUGCGCUGAUGAUAUGCAAAAGAUAUGUCAGAUAUCUAAUGCAUAUAAUGAAGGAUGCUUCAGCAAGUUAGAAAUGCGAGUUCAGAAUGGCGCCACAGUCAUGAUCGGUGUGGGCAUCGGAAUUGCUUUUGUGGAGAUUGCCGGUAUAAUCCUUGCUGUUUGCCUCUCCAUGGCCAUAAAAAGAGAAAGCGCUAAAUGAAACGAAGUGUAUUAAUUUAAUUUCAUGCUAUAUCAGACUAAGCUGCAAAAUUCGCUGUCUCGUCAAAUUAAAAAAUACGUUAAAAUUAUGAUCGGCUUAACAGUAACAGAGCUAAAAAAUGUAUAUUUAUCCUUUUAAAACAUUUAUAUUCGAUCGUCAAGGAACGAGAGUCUCAUUAACUGAUUAUUAACUUAAUUUAUUUAAAUAUUGCGCAUUGAUUUUUCGCGAUGUUUUUUACGCUCACCUCAUAGCAGCACAAUAACGGACCUAAUUCAAGCUUCGAUAAUUAUUCGAUAUUUAUAUUCAUCAUUUAUAUUUUAUAAUUAUACCAUCCUUCUGCUUUUGUAUUACGUAAUUGAGUGGUAUCCAUUGUGGAGAUUAGAAAGAUAUUUCCACAAAAAAUAUUAUUAAUAUUAAAAAAAUAUUAAUGCUCUCUCUUUUUAAUUGUAUAUCAAAAUGAGAUAGUUUUACUUAAAAAAUAAUGUUCCUCAAAGUGUUAAUUCGUAAUUAUAGAUAGAAUAUAUCGUAACCAAUCAAGAAACAUAGAAUCAAGAAAAGAAUCAGAAAAUCGAGAAACGUAGAAUAAUUAUAAAUAUAAUUGUGGUGUGUAUAUUGUGUCGAUAUUUAUAACAUAUUAUAGCAUAUUAGUAUAAUAUAUAAUUACUAUUAUAUAUUAUUGUAUGUAUUAUUGAUUGAAUUAAUUCGUUCCUAUUAAAGGAUCGAUUUAUUUGUGUGAUUAUGAUUGUAUAAAUGUGUGCCUAGUGCAAAUGUAGCUUGUAUAAGCGUAUGUCUUUAUGUAGUAUACCUAUUCCUACAACAAAUAUGUUAUCUUCGGUACACUGACAGCUGUAAAUUGUCAUUUUCCUAUAUACAAUAGUAGCUAUAGACACUUCAAUUCAACAUAUUUAUUUUUCAGUUUGUCUAUUAUACGUAUAACGUAUUAUAUUUUCUAUAAGACAAGAUUGUAAAC